UACGUUUUCCUGUCUUUACGUAAGUUUGCACAUGCGCUCCGCCGACCCUCAAAGAGCCCUUUUUAUGCUAACCGUUGAACGACUAGCAUCAAACGAGUAACAAGAUGCAGCUCUUUUUGCGUGCUCAGAACACUCACACCAUUGAGGUGACUGGACAGGAGACUGUUGGACAGAUCAAGGCUCAUGUCCAAGGUUUGGAGGGUCUCCUGGUUGAGGAUCAGGUGCUGUUGCUCGCUGGUUGCCCACUGGAGGAUGAUGCCUCCCUGGCAUCCUGUGGUGUCUCAGAGCACUGCACUUUGGAGGUAGCUGGCAGGCUUCUGGGAGGUAAGGUCCACGGUUCUCUGGCUCGUGCUGGAAAAGUGAGGGGACAAACACCCAAGGUUGACAAGCAGGAGAAGAAGAAAAAGAAGACUGGCCGUGCUAAGCGUCGUAUCCAGUACAACAGGCGCUUUGUGAAUGUUGUCCCAUGCUACGGCAAGAAGAAGGGACCCAAUGCCAACUCUUAAGUGACUCAAGUCCAAGAGUUCAAACAUGAUCACAACACAUCAGUUUUUACCAAGUUCAAUGUUAUCCUGCUGUACAGAAUAAAAAUUUGGCUUGGGCAAAAGAUG